CAGGGGAUGCUUUUCAUGGAAUGUAGGUGCCACGUCUGCCCUAUGGCACAGAUUACUUUGCCCUUGUGGCAUAAAUUACUUUGCCCUACUAGUGUUCUUCUCGGCGAUGAAGCUUCUGGCACAGAUUACUUUCCCCUAGUUUUCUCGGCGAUGGCGGGAUGGGCCAGGCGCGCCGACGUGAUCAAGCAAUUUAUCGCGAUGGGAAGGAUCGCGCAUCUCAAGAAUAGCAGCAAUGGAGCGGAGAUUUUCCUGGUGGGCACCGCACACGUUUCAGCCAAGAGCGCCGAGGAAGUGGAAGAGGUGAUUGGAAUCGUCAAGCCUGACAUCGUCGCGGUGGAACUGUGUGAAGAAAGAGCCAAGAAGCUACUAGCUGGGUACCAUGAUACUAGCUUGUUCCAGAAAGUCCAGGAAUUCAUGAAGUUUCCGGGAGGAUUGAAGCAGAAAGUAGUCCAUUUGGCAUUGAGCGCAUCUUAUCAGGCGAUGCGCGAGGCUGGUCUAGAACCUGGCAAGGAGUUUAAGGUAGCCAUGGAGGAGGCUAAGGCGAGACGAGCUGGCAUUUUGCUCAUAGAUCAAAGAUAUGAUGUGACUAUUUCAAAGCUUACAAAGGCGAUCAGGAUACGGGAUGUCAUAAACUUGCUUGGGAUUGCCGGGGCGGACAUGGAGCAGAUUGUGGAAGGACUGAGCAGCGGAAACCUGAUCGAGAGCAUUGAAAAGCUAAAGCGAAGAGAUGCAGUUCGAAAGCUGACGAGCUUCAUGGACAGGACCUUUCCAAGUGCUGUUAGAGUCAUGCUUCACGAGCGGGACGAAUAUAUGACACGGCAACUUUUGACUUGCGAGGGGAAAGUUGUGGGCGUUGUGGGCAUGGCUCAUAUGGAUGGCAUCGAGCGGAGGUGGAAAAAGGCACAGUAGGUGCUUUUAUUCCUCUAAUGAGUGGCCAUUCUGUGGACAUCAAGAGUGGCGACAUGUAGCAGAGCUUCUGGACGAGUAUUUGAAUGGACUUGUCAACAGCAAAGUCAAUGCCUGGUCUGUCCCGGCCUUUGAAGAAGACCUUGGAUUAUCACCUUCUUCCGGUAUUCAGUAGACGAAUAGUCGUGGAGCUCGCCGGUAGAGCUUGACCGAGACCUCGGGACGGUCUGGCCAUGGGAACUACCAGCUUCGACCUCGGAAACGGGGGCAGAAGGACCCGGAGGAUCCUCCACAACACCAGCGGCUGUCUCAGAUUUCCGACGCAUACUUAUCCGGGGGAGCAGGAACCAAAAGCAGCUCGUGAUGACUAUAGCCUGGACCUGUCCUGCCAAAAGAGCUGCCUGGACAACAAGAAGUACCGCAACAAGUAUGGUCAAGUUGCAACCUUUUCCAUCUCGUCCCAGCGCUGUCGCUUGGAGCCUCGUGUUGGUGGCUUGGACGGUCCCGAUCACGGUGUGACACCUGAGAAGCUUCUUAUUGUCGGGGCGAUCUUCCGGAGAAAGGUUUCUUCUAUUCCUGGAGGGACGGCUCGGGGAGGCAGGGGUGCUAUAGGACUGAUCUCCUGGCUCAAGAACUGGAGGAAGUGUACCGGGGCUCAUUGACGACUUCGAAGUUAAAGGAUCAGGGAGCUGAGAAGUCGAAGCGGAAGAGUCUGCCGCGAGAACGAGUGAAGAAACAGGACCGAGUUGCUCGGUCUUCUUCCUCAAUGAUGGUGCCGAUGAUGAUGCUGUAGAGACUGCAGCCCACGUCAAGGAAGCAAUGGACUUAACUGCAGCAGCCUUCCACAGGGCCACGGAGACAAGAAGCAUCGUCGUGUUCCUGCUGCUGCUGCUGCUGCUGCUUGGCCUCCAGGAUUCGAUGAGAAAAUCGUCGGCGAGAGCAGCUUGCUCGACAAUGCUCAGAUCAGAUUCUGACUUGUCCGAGCUGAUGAGGACUGGAACUGAAAAUCUGGCCGAGGAGGACUUGGCAAUGGGAUUGUCUGCUGCAAAGGGAAGCGAUCUCGCAGUGCUAGGGACUGUCACGCUCGCCUGCUCGGCUACGACGUCGAAUUUCGAUGCUGGAGCGUGUGCGAAUUUAUCCGAACCUUUACUCAUCGUCGGCAGGCCGUUCCUGGACCGCUUCUUCUUCUUGCUACUGCUGCUCUUGCUGCUGCUCCUGCUGCUGCUGCUGCUGAAGCACGACCAGAUUGACGACAUUCCUCCCUCCUCCACUCAAAAGAGAGGAAAUGGAGUACAUCCAGCACAAGAAAGUUGCCAUGCUCCUGACUUGUGAGAAGACACGGAGAAGAAUGGACUGACUAGCUCAAGUCAAGGUACUAUGCCUUUAUAUGUGCGCUAAACUAAAACAAAGCUUGAGUUUUCUUCUACUUCUUCCAGGCACACCUUAGCUACAGAAUGAAUGACAUAGUCCAUUGCUAUAGUCGCUCCAUGUCAUAAAAUUGGGCCGAGUUGUGCGCUCCACUCGACCUGGCUCACGGGUAGACUUCCACAAAUAUGUGAAGAACACUGUUAGCUAGAAAGGAUUGAUUGUUUCAGUGUUUAUAAGUGUUAUAUUUCACUUUCCAGCUUGCAACUCUA